UAACACAUUUUAUCGUUGCCAUAACGACUGAAAACAAAUUGAAUUACAAAACAGAGGAGAAGAACAAAAACAAACAUAAUUUUGACAAUUCACGUGCAAAAUGUACAGAAACAGCGCACCAAAACGCACGGGCAUCUAUCGCGUCAAGGGCAACAUAGCGGACCUGCGGCUGGAGCUGAAGCUGCGGCAUGUCAGCGAAUGGCUGCCCGUGCCGAAAUUUGAAUAUACGGGCGCCAAAGUCAACUACGGCGAUCAUUAUCCGGAGAGUCCGCGCAGCGGCGGCUGGUCGGACUGUUUCAUCUAUGUGCCGUACGAGGAUCAAUACGGCAAUAACUAUUAUGCCUACUACAACUAUUACAAUCCCGGCAGCGAUUAUCCGGGCAGCAGUCGCACCAGUCGCAGCCGCAGCAGCAGCAGCGCCGCCGCCGCCGCCGCCGGCCGCACUUACCCCAGCAGCAGCCACUCGCAGCUGGGCGAGCAGCCGGUGGAUGCCGCCUUCAGUGCACUAAAUCCGGAGCUGUGCAACGGUUCCACGGCGAGUCUGCGCAUCGGCUGGCAGCAGAAGCACUUCAGUCGCACGGAGCUGGAGCGCUACGGCGAUGCCAGCCAGUGCAUCACGACGCUGCAGCGUCGCUACCAUCGCUGGACGCGGCACAUUGUCGAGCUGCAGCGGCGCCAUCGGCUGCGCGUGCAGCGCGAGGAGGCGGAGCAGCAGAUCCGUGUGCGCCGGCGCCGCAAAUCGAAGCGGAAAUCGGCGCGCUCCAAGACGCCGCCGCUCUCCUCGCUGGCCAUAUCCGAAUAUAGCGUGGAGACGCAGCCGGCGCCGCCGCCGGAUGAUCCCAACUUUGCGGCGCGCACCUGCCUCGUGCAUACGCUCAUCGAUGCGGAUUUGCGCGAGCUGCCGGAGGCGGACUGGCCGCCGGAGGCGCGACAACUGCACGACCAGGGCUACCAGCUGAUGUUCGUCUAUGCGCAACUGCAGCGGGACACGCUGCUGCUGAGCCUGCGCUACCAGCCGGCAGAGGGCCUGCUCUAUGUCUAUCCGGACUUCAGCACAACCGCCGACGACAUGGACUAUGUGCUCCAGAUCGACAACGAUUGCCGGCAGCUGUACGCCUACGGCUUUCAUCAGGCCGCCAUCGAUGCGGCCGCCGCGAACUCGUCGCAGCCGCCGGAUCAGCUGCUGGAGCAGCUGCCCACGCCGCCGGCGGACUCGCUGCCCGGCUCGGAGGCCAGCGCCGAGCAGCUGGUGAGCUACUAUCAGGCGAAACGUAGCGGCGCCUCUGCGCUGCGCCGCCUGCUGCAGUUCCAGCUGCCGCCGAAGCGCAUGCGACGCGUCACCCUGCUGCUCCAGCUGCACGAGGCCCAGCACUUCGAGUACCCCAACAUCCAUGUGCGCUACUAUGUGAAUCCGCCCUCGCACACGCUUCUGGAGCCGGCCAAUCCGAACGAUCCGUUUCCGCUGCGCGGCGCCACGGCCACCAGCGUGGCGGGCGGCGCCUCCCGGCUGGCGCACUUCUCGCACUGCUGGCAGCUGACGCUGCUCUGCGAGGAGUCCCAUGAGCCGCACCAGCUGCUCCACAUCUACUUCGAGGUGAUCAGCAUCGAUGGCUGGCAGCGCGAGCGCUGCGAGGGCUACGCCCAUUUCGCCUGCUCGCUGCUGUCGCCGCUGCCCGCCGCCGCGUCCGCCGGCCUGCGGCUGCAGUGCAUCCGACCCAUGGGCAGCUGGCUGGAUGCGCUCAAUCGCUACUUCAUUGGCGGCCGUUCGCUGUUCGACUUUGUCGGCUACUUCAAGAGCCGCUCGCGCGACAAUCUCAUGCACAACCGACUCGAGGCGGGCCGCUCGCACAUCAUGCGCAGCACCGGAACGCUGCUCUUCAGCCUGCAGAAGCUGCAGCAGCGCCACCAGCCGCUGGGCCAUCUGCUCGCCCCGGAGGACAGCGACGACGAUGACAGUCCUGCGCCCGGCCACAGGGACAAGCCGGCCGUGUCGGCAACCCUGCAGGAGGUCUUGGUGGCCUAUGUGGAGGCGCGUGAGCGCAUCGAGGCGCUGCUCGGCCAGUCUGCGCUGGUCUAGCAAAGCUUUUGGCGCGACUGUACCAGCAAAUGUGGCGCCCGAGCAGGGAUGCAGCGCAGUUGUGGCCGCGAGCUGGAUUCGAUUUAAGUUUUCCAACAGUAUCCAAUUAAUUAUUAUUUAUAUAUCUUUGUUAUUUAAACAGUAUUCAGCGAAAGGCCUGCUAGAUGCGAACC